AUGAUACUCCGCCGCCUGCAUGGCCGCGUAUCCCGCCUAUCCCUCGCGUCCGCCGCCCUCCUCGAUGCGGCGCCGCGCGCCUUGCCUUCCGCGGGCCUCUUCCGUGGCUUCCACGGCGCGGCGGGGGACGGCGCCUCCUCGGAGCACGGCCGCAAACCCGCAGGUCCUCUUACGCUCUACAGGAAUCUAGUAAGCCAAGGGAAGCUCACACAUGAUAGUUACCAGGAAAAUGUAGCUUCUGAAUUAGACAACUUAGUUAGCAGGCUUCAACAGUACGAGAUGGAAAUGGAGGAUUAUCAUAACAAGCUAUACAUCUGGGAGAAUAGCAGGGAGAAAGAGCGGCGAAGGCUUCUUGUCGAAGAAGCUGAAGAUAAGCAGCAUGAUGGUGUAUGGAUAGACGAGAAAAGGGGAUUUCUUGACAAGUUGGUUACACGGAGAAGAAGAGGAAACAUAGAACCUGGAGUAGGUAAGUGGGUCUCGUACCUGAACCGAGAGAAGAAACUAGAUACAUUGGUAGGCCAUAGACCAGUCGCUCCUGUUGCUCCUAAAGGAUUGUAUCUCUAUGGAAAUGUUGGAAGUGGGAAGACAAUGUUGAUGGACAUGUUCUAUGGGGCCACUGAAGGUGUCAUCAAACACAGGAGGAGGUUCCACUUUCAUGAGGCCAUGCUUGAAAUACACGAUCAUAUGCAUGAUGUAUGGAAGAGACGUGAUGAUGAUAAAUCUAUUCACUCAAGUGCUUUCAGUUGGAUAUCAAGCCUUCCCUUUGAUGUGAAAAUUAAGGAGUGGUUGAUUGGCGAAGAGAAGUACAAACAACAGACACAGGAAAAGCACAUCCUUUUGGCAGUUGCUGACAAGUUUUUGGUUGAUAGACAGGCAAAUAAAACUGGAGCAAGCAUUCUAUGCUUUGAUGAGAUACAGACUAUCGAUGUUUUUGCAGUUGUAGCACUUUCUGGCAUUCUAAGCAGGUUGUUAAGCACAGGGACAGUACUUGUAGCAACCAGUAAUAAAGCACCAGAAGAUCUGAAUCAGGAUGGGAUGCAAAGGGACAUCUUCCUUGAGUUAUUAUCAAAAUUGGAUGAAAACUGCAAUAAGAUUCUUGUGGGUACUGAAAAGGAUUAUCGCCGCCUAAUUCCAACAGAAGGCUCAACUGAGGUUCACUAUUUUUGGCCUGCCACUUCUGACGCUCGAAGCAUGUAUGAGGCUAUGUGGCAUGACAUAACUAACCAAUCAGGAGGAAAUAUUAUUUCUGUCACCAUUCCUGUAAUGUUUGGGAGGUCUAUUGAGAUUCCUCAAAGCUGUAACGGUGUCGCAAGGUUUGACUUCGAGUAUCUAUGCGGUCGCCCAGUCGGAGCUGCAGAUUAUAUAGCAAUAGCUAGGAACUACCAUACAAUUUUCAUAUCAGAAAUUCCAGCUAUGAGUAUGAAGAUCCGUGACAAGGCAAGAAGGUUUAUCACUCUUAUCGAUGAGUUGUACAACCAUCACUGCCGCCUUAUAUGCCUAGCUGCCUCAUCCAUUGAUGAUCUUUUCCAAGGAACUGAGGAAGGACCUCUUUUUGAUUUAGAGAGUUUUCAGUUCGAAACCGAGUCCGAAGGGACAAAGCUGAGGAGGGAUGUUUUAGCGGGAGGCAAUGUUGGCUCAGGACCAUCUACGACUGGCCUUGUGGCAAUAUUGUCUGGCCAAGAAGAGAUGUUUGCGUUCCGCAGAGCGAUAUCGCGGCUUAUCGAGAUGCAGACCCCGCUGUAUCUGGAGCGCGUGCAGGAUGUACAUCCCUCAUUCCGACAGCAGCCUCCUCCUGGUCUUGUAAGCAAUAGGAGUGUAGUUCCUCAGCCUGCUCCGGCGGUUUGA